AUGGAAGUUGUUAUUAUUGAAAUUAUGAACAACAAAGUCAUGAAGCGAUGGCAUGGGGAAGCAAAUAUGUCCUUAUGGGAUGAAAAGAUGAGGAGUCAUUGGACUAGCAUUAAUAUCCCUCCUUAUAUUGGGCCAAGGGCUAAGAAAGGGAAAUACAAUCGGGAGAUUUGUGCUUGGCAGCCACCCAUGAGUGGAUGGUUCAAGCUUAACUUCGAUGGGGCUUCUAGAGGUAACCCAGGUCAGGCGGGCAUUAGGUGUUAUCUUCACAAAUCUAAAGGGAUCGAGGUCGCUCAGAGGGAAAAACUAGUAGGCAUUGAAACCAACAACAAGGAAGAACUUACGGCUCUAGUGGAAGGACUAGAAAUGUGUAAAGAGUCGGGAGUGGAGAAACUGGCUAUUGAAGGGGACUCAGCCAUUGUGAUCAAUGCUCUGAGAAAAGGAUCCAUACCAAAUUGGAGGUUUGAUGUGUUACUUAGUAGAGAUUUAAACUUGGGUCGGUCCUUCAAGAAUAUUAUAUUCAAUCACAUCUUUAGGGAGGGAAACUCUAGAGCCGAUGAAUUAGUAAAUAUGGGAGCAAAUGGUUUCACCAUAGAAUAA